UUUAACAAUUUUUUGUACUGAAACCAAUAUCUUGUGCACUAAAAAUGUCUCAAUGUAGAUUUUGGUGAGCUUAAUAGGUAAUAGGCUUAAUAGGUAUGUUUACCCUAUCUUACAAAAACGCAUUGAUUCGAUACAGAGGGCCUUUAUUCACCCCCCGGAGCCGUGUGAGGCAUGUUUUAUUACGGAUGCGCGUACUUUAUUUAACGUCGUCUGAACUGUUGAUAACAAACACCUGUUUACUCCCAUUAAAAGGCUAGGAGGGGUCUGGGCAGCUUUUAAUAUAACUCCGAUUGGAUUCGUCUGAAAGAAGAAAGUCACAUACACCUAGGAUGCUUCGAAGACAUUCAUGUUCAGUGAAGCUCCUCCCACAACAAUCACACCUUCAACAUCUCACCAAUAAAUGCUGGAAUAUUCCCAUCAGUUCACAAGUGCAGACCAGCAUCAAAUCAUCAGCAAGAGCUGAAAUCUGCAGAGACUGAGUUUAUUAAAGAGGACAGAGAGAAGAUGAGAGACCCAGAACCCUGCAGAAUCAAACACACUGAAGAUACUGAACAACAAACAGAGUCGAUUGAAGAAGAUUUUAGUGAAAUUGAGGAGAAAGAUUGUGUCAAAACUGGAGAAAAACCUUUCAGUUGCUCUCAAACCAAACAGAAAGAUUUAAAGAAAAGAGCCAAGAAAUGUUUCACCUGCACUCAGUGUGGAAAGAGUUUGACAAGCAAAUAUGGUCUUGAUGUUCACAUGAGAAUCCACACUGGAGAGAAACCGUUCACAUGUGAUCAGUGCGGGAAGAGUUUUGCAGUAAAAGGACAAUUUACAACACAUAUGAGAAUUCAUACGGGAGAGAAACCGUUCACUUGUGACCAGUGCGGGAAGAGUUUCACAAAAUCAGCAAACCUUAAGGAUCACAUGAAGAAGCGGCACACAUGUGAUCAAUGCAACAAAACAUUUUUGUGGACUUCAGACCUGAGGAAACACCUGAGAGUUCAUACAAAGGAGAAGCCACAUUCAUGUAAUUUGUGUGGAAAGAGUUUUUCAGAUCUACAAAUUUUGAAGAAGCAUCAGAAAAUACAUACUGGUGUGAGAGAGUACAUGUGCUUUGAGUGUGAAAAAACUUUUAUUUCAGCCAACUGUUUAAAACUGCACGAGAGGAUUCACACUGGAGAAAAACCUUACAAGUGUUCACACUGUGACAAGAGAUUCAGUCAGUCAUCAUAUCUGAAAAUACACGAGAGAAUUCACACUGGAGAAAAACCUUUUAAGUGUUCACACUGCGACAAGAGAUUUAAUCAGUUAGCACAUCUGAAAACACAUGAGAGGAUUCACACUGGAGAGAAACCGUAUCACUGCACUGCAUGUGGGAAGUGUUUCAGUCAUUCAUCUGCUCUACACAGACAUACAAAACACAUUCACAACAUUACAAGUGGCAUGGCAACGAAACAUCAUCUAAAGUUUUCACAGUGAAUAAAGUUCAUCUUCAUCUUCAAAACCAGCAGAUUCAACUGAGAUUCAGAUCAACUCAAAGAUGGAGUUCCUCCCCAAAGAACAAUGUCAGAAAGUUUUAUUCUUGCAUAUUGUUUUGCUUCAUGAUAUAAAUUACAUCACUGUGCUUUCUUAUGAGUUUCACAUUAGGCUAUGUUCAAUUGUCUUAUAAUGCAUAAGUAUCACUUGUAGGUGCUUACUCUUUCAAGAAGGAAAGUAGAAGUUUUUAGAGACUGCUGAAGAAGAGACUGUAACACUUUUAAGAGAGACUGAGAUUUAAUUAAAAUUUUGUUCUUCAUUCUUGUUUUUAAAGCAAAUAGUUAUUCUUACACUUACGUAUUUAGGAAAUGCAGAUUCAGGAUAUACUGUCAUGUAGAUUUGUAAUUGAUCCUUCUGUGCUUCUCUUGUAAGUAGCGAUGGUACCUGAACCCGGUAUUAAACGAUCUCUGGGGCUAAAUUAUGAAAGACUGUUUAUAAGCUCUGACAUUAUCGGUUCUACUUUCAGUUCUGGACAAACUUAGAAAAUACAGUUAGUACUUAUUAUUGCUACAUAAAUAUAAUCAAGAUAAUUGUAUCUUGCCAACCAUUUUCAUUAUUCGUAAUCAAGAAACAUCUCUCUUGCACUUCUGUGCUAUUAUUAAUCUAAUUUAAUUUUCAAUUUUGAGUUUGGCUUCCAAGGAUUAUAAAGACAAUAUGUUUGAGGUAAAGCAAUCUGAUGUGUCGGUAUAUUGGAUCCAUGCAUUAGUUCCUCAAAUGACAUAAACCUGUAGUUUAUUACUGUUAUAAUUACUAAUUAAACACAUUUCAUGUAAUUUUUACAUUUCAGAACACAGAAUUUUACAAAAUUUUCUGUAGAAAAAAAGACUUAUGUGCAGUAUCGUGAGAAUAGUAAUACCGUUAAAACCUUAAUGAUGCCCAUCCCUACUUGUCAGUAGGAAAGAGAGGUCCAUCUAACUAGUUUUCACUUUUACUUUCAGUAAUUAUUGAUUAAAUACUAACUUUUUAUUAAUACAUUAUCUUCC